UACUUCCGGUUUUCAUCCGAUUCGGUGUUUAGUUAGACGUUAUUUCAAAACAACAUGGCGGCAGCUCCACUUCCAAACGAACAGGCGGAUGAAGAUGCUUCCGAACUUCUGUUUCCUAAAGAAUUUGAAAAUGCAGAAACAUUGUUGAUAUCCGAAGUACAGAUGUUGCUGGAUCACAGGAAACAACAGAAUGAGAGUGCUGAGGAAGAACAGGAAUUAUCAGAGGUGUUCAUGAAGACGCUUAAUUACACCAGCAGAUUUUCAAAAUUCAAAAAUAGAGAAACCAUAUCAGCCGUCAGAAGUCUACUAAUGCAGAAGAAAUUGCACAAGUUUGAGCUGGCUGCCCUUGCAAAUCUCUGUCCAGAAAAUGCAGAUGAGGCCAAAUCCUUAAUUCCAAGCUUGGAAGGUCGCUUUGAAGAUGAUGAACUCAAACAGAUUCUGGAGGACAUUCAGACCAAGCGGAGCUUUCAGUAUUGAGGAUAAGAAUGUAGAACAUUGGGAGAAUAUUCAGACAAACUGUAGAAGUUCCAGUCAGGUGAACAGGGAGUCUCUGCUUUUUACCCCAGACAAGGAGCUGUCCGAUAAAAGGUCCAUACAACUUGAGUGAUCUGGAGACAUUGCAAAUAGCAUUUGUUUUCAAGUCGGACCGUGAUAUUGAAAAAGGAAAUUUUCCUGGUCAUAAUAUGUUGUCCAUUGAGGAUUUGGUGCUUUAAUAAGCUCCUUAGUUUGUGACAGCUCGCAUCAUUACUAGUCUGGUUACUGGUAUAACCAGAAGUUGUAAAUUAAAGGCCAUGUGCACUUAAUGAGGUUUGUUCAGUCAAAUCAUAAACAAUUAAUUAAUGCUUAAUACAUCUACAUUAAACAUUUUAUCUUUUUAUUUUUUCAUUUUCAUAAUAUUUUAUGAUGUUUUAUAAACCUCAGAGAGACAUACAUAUUUGAUAAUUGUGGUAUUGUCAAGCAGCAUUUUUAGUAGACUGGAAAGAUACAUGUAGAUUUACCAUCAAAAUGAUUCUAUCUCAGUUAUUCAAAACAUUUAUACAUCAACAUAGCAUUAGGAUUUGUUAAACACUAAAAUUCUUCAUUAAAAUUAUCAUGUUGUAAUUUUACAUUAGCAUUUAAGAAGAAAUUUCAUGUCAUCUUUUCAAUCUUUUGAUAUAAUCUGUAUCCAGCCAGUUUAUAGAAUUCAGGAAAAAUCUUAAUACAUAGAAAAAUAAUGUCAUCUGUUGUUUGAUCAUCAUGGAAAUUUAUGUGACAACUUUGUAAUUUAUGUAUGUUUCACUUUUCAUUAAAUAUGUAAUAACACAUUUAA